GUCACGUAGGCAAGCAUACAAAACCAUGCACAGUGCACAGCAGCAGAGCGCUGCCGCACACGCACGUCAUCCCAGAGAGACCCAGAGUCAAGCACCACUAUUCCAGCUGAAGCCGAGAGCAUUUAGCUGCUGCGUCGUUGUCGUUCUCGUACAUAUUUUUUUGUUUGUUUUUGUUUAACCUUUUUCAUUGCCUUGUUGGUCCAUACGUUGCUCUUUUUUCAAUUUUUAUUUGCGUCGAUUCAACGAGAGGUCGGACAAAGGGAUAUAUACUUAUUGUACACGAGAGGAAGACCUGCAGGAAAAUAAGAGCAGACGGAUCGGAGCAAGGAGGGGACGAGCGUACUUAGUGUGUAGUGUUCGGUUGUGAAGAUGUUGUAGUCCUGCGACUUUGCGAGGAGGGGGUUGGUUUUGUGUGCAGUGUUUUUUUUUUUUGCGCGAGGAGGAGGAACUAAAAGCGCGCAAUCCUCGCUUCUGUCCUGUCGACUGCAUCGCUUUUUUGGUGCAGAGGUGUGGUGUACAAAAUGAAAUGGUCCCCACAAACUCUGUUUUGCGAGCAGGUGGGCGAGUUGACGCGGGUCUUCUCCCAGUGGAACGAGUGCGAGCAAACAGUCGUGCUUUAUGCCCUUUUGCGCCGAAUCCCGGCCGUGCAGGCGCGUUUUCUCGCCCAGGCAGUCCAGCACUCACUGCACUCCGUCACUGAGCUUGACUCACAGGAAAGAAAUGCCAACAAUCCUGCUUACAUCAAUUCAUUGCUGUCGGAGACGACGGAGGUCGCGAUAAAUCAGCUACUGACUCACCUCCCGCUCCUCAGACCGGGCAACGUCGAGUGCAAACAGUCGUACCUGAUGGUCAUACCCGAGCUGAUUAAUCACUGCGUGAGCACUGGCCAGUACACCGAACAAACGCAACAGUUGCUCAGCUACACCCUCAUUCAUCCUGCCAUUACUAGUCAGGACAGACGUUCGUUAUCUCAAUGGCUAGGACAGCUCGAGGAGCGAAUCUCGAACACGCCGAUUCAGAGCAGCACCGAGGAUUAUUCCAACAAUACGCCGCUGAGAUGGGACACGACAUGGCAAAAGAGUGUCAAGCAAAACGACCAGGUUGGACAGAAUUAUGGUGCACAAAACGGCAGUCCCUUCAGUUUCCAAUUCCAACUACCAAUAACGCGUCAGCGACGCUCCAACAGCCUCACGCCUCCCGUGGCUUCGUGUCUGCAGCCCGAGAUUCUCGAUCGUAGCGGUAGUGCGAAUAUCUCCACGAGACACAAGACGAGAAGUUUCAGCGUGUCCGGAGAUCACUCUUCUGCUAUUAUUGGGAUGGGCCCUCUAAGUCCUCCCAGCUCAUGUGCGAGUAGUGGUAGCGAAGGUCGCUUGGACGAAGCUUCUGCUCGGCCACUUAGCUCAGGAAUGCGAGACGUUCCAACGUGGCUAAAGACGCUGCGUCUCCACAAGUACAGCUACCUAUUUGCAAACCUGUCGUACGAGGAGAUGCUCGAACUGACAGAGGAUCGCCUGGCCGAGCAGGGCGUGACUAAAGGUGCGCGUCACAAGCUCGCUUUGUCCAUAUCAAAGUUGCAGCAGCGCUACCAGACGCUUUGUGAUCUGGAGAAGGACCUGGUGCAACCACAAGCCAACGCUACCGGUACAGGAAGCUGUCAGUCUGGACAAUCGUCGUUUUCUCCAAAACCACUGCUGGUCAGCGCACUCGAGGAGCUUAAAGCCGUAUUGGCGACUCCUCUGAAGCCCAGCCAGGAGAACUUUGCCCAGGACAUACCCACGCAGUUUACCAAGGUCUUGGGUAAACUGACCAACAGACUGGCUCUCGAGAGCAACAUCGACGACGCCGUGCUGUGUUCGUGCAUAAACAUCUUCGAGAAGGUACUGCAGCACGACUGCUUUACUCCAGCACAGAAGGAGAAAGUACAGCAAUGGCGCAGCCGUUUAGGCAAUCCCCGACCUACUGCCAAAUGGCAGCAUAAUCACGCGUACUUCAAUCGCAAGUACAUAAAUACACAACAGCACAACCGAAAGCCAAGCUUAAAUUUAGGCCACAUUGGCAGUGUAAAAUCUGCAAGCAAUUUUAUGGUCGCGCCACACCGAAACAGCAUAUCUACGCCGUAUUUACAGUCAAGCUCAAGUCAGUCGUCUAAUCAGAGUGGACUCCAGUCGAUCUUAGUUCCCGAAAAACGUCCCAGUCUUCAGGAGACUAAUCUUGAGCUGAUGCAGAGAACGUUACAGCGCACGUACAGCGCGCCAAGGGACAAUUUCCUUGGUUACUCAAGCAGUGCAAUCGAGACGACGGAGCCCGAGAUCAACUCACGCUUGGAAUCUCUCUGUUUACGUAUGACCGAGCAGGCAAUUGGUGGCUUCGGUGAGGCCUAAGCAAAAAGAAGAAUCAACAAAAAACAUAAAAUUAUUGCUUUAUCAAGAAUAUGUCAGAAUGACGAGCAUUCUUAUAAAAAAUUUCUCGACUACUCACUCGCACGCUCUUGAGCGGCAACAGGUUAGCGCUAUUUUUAUAAUUUUUUUUCGUUUUAUGACGACAACGUUGAUUAAUAUUAUUGACAAUUAAGAGAAAACGA